AAGUCUCGUGGUGAGAUUCAGUCACAACAAAAUGGCCGACAACCUGAACUGGCCGAUCGGUCUGGAUAAUUUGCCUGAUCUAGGACCAGACUUAUUGGCAACAAAUGAUCUUGAAAGUGGCGGACUUGGUAGCGUUGAUGAUAUUCUGAAAUAUAUCAAUGGGGAUAAUCCAACUGGUGACCUCUUUGACCUGCCUUUGGUGAAACAGGAGCCGGAUACAUUGACAGCUGAACCGCAGCCAGUGUAUGUAGAAGCAACCUCAACAGCAGCACCAACAACACCAACAAUACCAACAAUAGAAUUGGUACAGCCUGUACAAGCUGUUAAAACUGAAACCCAGCUUGAAUCAAUUAGUGAAUUGUUGAAUCAAAAUGCACUCAAAACAUUGCUUGAGAUUAACAUUGACAACACAUCAUUUGGCAGUCAACUGCAGCAGGUUGCUGCUCGCAUGCAGGCCGUGCAAAAAGUUCAGAGACUUGCACAGCAGCAGCGCACGCAGCAGCAACAACAGCAGCAGCAGCAGCAACAACAACUUCAGCAACUGCAGGCACAGACUGUACAGAUACAGCCACAAGUGCAAAUACAAACUCAGCCACAGGUGCAAAUACAAACUCAGCCACAGGUGCAACAGCGCUCUCCUCAGCAGCAGCUGAAACUGAUUUUGCAACAGCCUUUGGUUACGACGACGACAACCCAGGCUCAGCCUCGUACCCAGGUGCAACAGUUAAUACAACAAGCAGUGUCUUUGCAGUCUGCAGCACCGGCUGCAGCCCCAGCUCCGACACCGGCACCUGCACCCACACCAGUACAGCAGACGACAACAAAUGUCAGUCAGCUUAGUUUGCAGCAACUACAACAGUUGCUGCUUCAGUCCCAAGUUUUGAAGACCACCACUGUGAGUGAACCAACACCAACUGUUGUGUCAAUUUCUUCUCCAGUCACUACAGUCAAUAAUGCGAACACUACUGUUAGCAGUGUGACAUCAUCACCGGUGCAGACAAUUGUUGCUGGGGGCAACACCAUACUCACGAGUAUUCCUAUCCAAGUUGUAGAUGGUGACAAGGUACCCAUCAACAGACUCAAUACCAUGCCCAAAAAAGCACACAAAGGGGAAAAACGCACAGCACACAAUGCCAUUGAGAAACGUUACAGGCUCAGUAUCAAUGACAAGAUUGUGGAGUUAAAAGAUCUUGUAGCAGGAACAGAAGCAAAGCUGAACAAAUCUGCAAUUUUACGGAAAGCGAUCGAUUACAUCAGAUAUCUGCAAAACAGCAACAACCGCCUGAAACAGGAGAAUAUGGCUCUCAGGAUGGCAACCAGCAAGCAAAAUCUGGAGGAGUUACUGACAUGUAAAAAGGAAGCAGGUGCAUUCCCAAUGACACCUCCAGUGUCUGACAACUCAGAGCCUGAUAGUCCUCUCUCCAAUGACAGUAUGAUGGAUGAUUCUGGUGAUGAAGAGGAUAGUCAGUUUGAUAUCACAAGUGGUAUGCUGGAUCGAUCUCGUAUGGUCCUGUGUGUGUUCAUGCUUGGUAUUCUGGCAUUCAACCCAUUCAAUUCAAUACUUGGUGGUAGCAGUAAAGUCGGUAUGGAGGCACAAGUCGGGCUUGGACAUGGAGCUAGUAGACAUCUCAAUUCGCUUGGAAACUUCUCACAAGAAGCCACCAGUGGUUACCAAGGCUGGUUUAACUGGAUGUUUCCGACACUCUUCCUGUGGCUGAUGAAUGGUGUUAUUGUUGCUGGUGUACUUGCGAAGUUAUUGAUCUACGGUGAACCUGUCACUUGCAAGAACUCAAAUGCAUCAGUGUCAUUCUGGCGCCAUCGGAAACAAGCUGAUACUGACAUCAUGAGGGGAAGCUUUUCGGCUGCAUCUAACCAGUUGCGACAAUGUCUACAAGCUCUCGGUCGUCCCCUUCCUACUUCCAAGUUGGACAUGCUUUCUGGUGUUGCUUGGCAGUUGGUACGCCAGGGACUUCACCGUGUUUACCUAGGUCGAUGGUUGUCCAGCAAAGCAGCAGGUUGGAGGAACAACAUCAAGAGCAGUGAUGUGAAGGAAUCUGCUCGGGAUGCUGCUAUUGUCUUCCACAAUCUGAACCAGCUUCAUCUGUCAGGUGAGUUGAGUGGUGGAUCUCUCUGGGGUUUGAACCUGGCUCUGAGUGCAGUCAACACAGCAGAAGCUGCCCGAGAAGCUAUGUCACGGACUAAUCUGGUGGAGAUAUAUGCCACGGCUGCUCUACAAGUCAAGACUUCCCUCCCAGAGAAACUGCAUUUUCUUGCUCGCUACUUCCUCAGUCGGGCCAGGAGAGUGUGCUUGAAGUAUGGAGAUAGAGUUGGACCUCAUGUUCAGUGGUUGGCUCAACCCGAGGGACACCGUUUCUUUGUGGACUCCAAACUGAAAGUUGAAUCAAAGGACACAUUUCUCUCUGCUCUUGACAGCCAAGUGGACCCACUAGCUAAGGUUACACAAGCCUUCCGAGAGAACCUGUUGUCGCGGGCCUUGUAUUCCUUAGUUGCUCCUGAACACCCAAACAGGAAUGAUUCUGUGUCUGAGACAAUGCAGUAUGCACAGUUGCUGUGCAAUUGUUCAUGCACAAAAGAUGGCCAUCCUUCAGCUGCCAUUGGAGACUUUGGGGUGAACAAUGCAGAUGAGGUUUCUCUGUGGUGGGCUGGCAUUGUCAGUGUUGCCUAUUACUGGCUGAAGGGAGAUGAUGACAAUGCCAAGGACUACUACAGUGUGCUGGAUGUCUUCCCUAAGAAACUGCAGGCAAAUGAUGAUCCAUUGCCAAGAGCUGUGAUGUUUGCCUACAAAGCAAGAAAGAGCCUGUUGGAACAUAGGGAGAAUUUUAACAGCAAGAUGUGCAUCAGACAAUGUGACCGUGCAGGACGUUCACUGCGGGAGAGUCUGAAACUUGUGUACUCACAACAGAAAGCUGAAGCUGUGAAGGCCAUCCAGCUGCUUACUUGUGAUUGGUUGCUGAUGACUCGGUCACAAGUUUGGGAGAUGACACAUGAUUGGCAGGGCACUACCAAGCCUGUCUCUCAGACAGAACUCAUUGCCUUCCAGCAGGAUCUGGCCAGUCUCCGCAAACUGUCACAGAUCAUGAAGACUGCUUUGCCAAAGGUGUUCCUGCAUGAAGCCAUGGCUCGAGUGAUGGCUGGGGCUAGUCCUGCACGUACUCAGCAGCUGCUUGACCGGAGCAUCCGGAGACGAAGCACAAGAACUGAGACAUAUCAUGAAGAGACUUCAUACAGUGACACAUCUGAGAGAGAGCAGGCCUCUGCUCUGUUGUUAGCAGGACGCCACUUACCUGAUCCCUUAGUCAGCAGUGUGGGUGCCAGGGUUGGGAUGGUCACCCAGGCCAGUCACCUGUAUGAAACCAUUGGAGAUAAAAAGUCUGUUCUGCUUUGUCGAAAAACACUUCUCCAGAUGGAAGAAAGUUCACACAAAAGCACAGAUGUUGCAAUAGAAUGCUGAAGUCUCCUUUCAUUUCAUUGUAAAUAAUCUCAGAAUUUUAACAUAACUUCAAACUGCUUUACAUAUUUAAAUUCUGUUUUGUUUUGAUUCUUAUUUGUUCUGUUUGAAUUUGCAUUUGAGUUUAAGUUUUGAUAUGUUGACUGUUACUCAUUUCUUGUUUAUUUGAAAUUGUCACGUUGUGCCAAUAAUCCUGGCAAAUAGACCUAAACACUUCAAUAUCAUUACUGAGAUUUUACUGGACAUGUUGCUGAACUUUCUAUUUUCUUCAUAAACUACUUUCAGAUGCACUGGAAAUGUCUCAUCAAUUAUAUAUUGUUCAAUUUUAUAAACAUGUCACGAAAAAAGAUUGUUGUACAUAAGUGUCAUAAGUAUUAUUUAAGAUGGGGCAAGAAUGAUGUGAGAGGUGUGUGUGACUUCUUUACACUGUCAAUAAAUAUUUUAGUAUUUAUCA